AUGGCCUUCCCAGAUCACCUCGUUGUGGAUCUUGCUACCAGUGAAGUUCCUUCCGUUCUCAGGCGGGGCAAGAAGUAUCUUCUGGUCCCCCCAGGAGUCGUUCUUCCUCAAGCGGCCUCCGCCCGUCAGAGCCAAAAGAAAGCGCGGAGCUCUUUGAUCGGCAACGCUGAGGAGGAGGAGGAGGAGGAGGCCGCGCUCCACUCGCCCGACACCUUCGGGACGCAACGCAAGCUAUCCACCGCUGUGUUGCAGAAUCUGGGGAUUGUGGUGCGGCCCGUAGUCCCCGAGCAGAACGACCGGGUGUGGAGCAUCGCCCUACACGACACCGAGCUGGAGUGGCUUCGAUUUCUUGACGGGGAGUACACCCUCAGCAGCCUUGGUGGAGCGUUCUCGUUCGACACGACCAAUCACGACUUCGACCUCUGCGCAAGGGUUCUUGCAGAACUUCUCCGCAGCGAGACGCCUCAGCGUUUGGGCGCUGCCCACGUCCCCGAGCAGAACGACCGGGUGUGGAGCAUCGCCCUACACGACACCGAGCUGGAGUGGCUUCGAUUUCUUGACGGGGAGUACACCCUCAGCAGCCUUGGUGGAGCGUUCUCGUUCGACACGACCAAUCACGACUUCGACCUCUGCGCAAGGGUUCUUGCAGAACUUCUCCGCAGCGAGACGCCUCAGCGUUUGGGCGCUGCCCACGGUGAAGGAACGAAAGAAAUGGAUCUCUACGCCUGGUUGUACAUCUGCUUGACUGCCGGAACAGUCAGAGACAUGAACUACCUCGGCAAGAACAAGGUCAAGGUGUGGCGGCCUGAUGGCAUCAUCGGGUUUACCAAGGCGGCUCUUCCCGGCGUCGACAUCAGCCCCCUUGCGGAGCUGGUCUACCUCGGUCUCAUCGUGAUUGAGCACAAGAAAGACGAACACGAUCUUAGUGACAUGUAG